GGCACUCCCGCAGAAGUCGUCCUGGCAGACGAUUCCGAGCUCCCUGCUAUAUUAUCCCCCGUCAACUCCGCCCUCCAAUCCACCCCGAUUUCCCCCUCCCCACCUCCCAGCACAGCAAUCUCAGCCCCAAGCACAAACCACCAAAUACCACAGCAAAUAACUCGACAAGACCCUAUCACUCCCCCGGCAGGAACUCUUCUGCAAGGCUCCCCAGAAGCCCAAAUACCCUUUUCGUCCCAGAUUCUCGGCCGUCGUCGCCGUCGAGACCCUUCUCCAACUUCGGAAGCCCAGCCAGACAUUCACGAGAGUCCUAGGGGCUCGGUAGAUGAACAUCAGGCUGAGAACGAGCACCGCCCAAAGAGAAGACGACAGGGUCCUAGAAUGCGAGCAGAAGGCGAGAGUAGCAGUUCCAAUGGUACUUCGAGGCCAUUCUCAAAUGGAUCGGGGCCGUCUCCUCUACACAAGGCCGCAGUCUCGAAUUCUGCAAAUGGAUUGCGGAAAUCUCCCGUGGCCAUGAAUGGCUCUUCGAAUACAAAUGGGCACUUGACCGGAAGUGGCAAGCUGAGACCAUCAUAUUUUGGACAUGACCGAGAAGAAGUGACGCGGAUUUUAAUACAAGCUUUGACCGACUUGGGAUAUGAUGGCAGUGCUUUGAAUCUAAGCCAAGAAAGUGGAUAUGAUCUUGAGAAUCCUUCUGUUGCAGCCUUUCGAACCGCGGUCUUACAGGGUGGGUGGGCUGAGGCCGAGGACUUGUUAUUUGGCCGCUCAACAGAAGAAGGGGGUGUCAGCAUCAACGGAAAUGGACUAGCUUUGCAAGAUAACAUGGACAAGAAUGCUAUGCGCUUUGGGUUAAGACAGCAAAAAUUUCUGGAGUUAUUGGAACAGCAAGAAACCGGGAGAGCUUUAGCGGUUCUGCGUUUAGAGUUGACGCCCUUGUACCAGGACGUUGCCAGACUUCACCAGCUUUCAAGCCUACUAAUGUGCCAAUCUACCGAGGAUCUCAAGACCAAGGCAGGAUGGGACGGUGCACAAGGCGAAUCACGACAUACCCUUCUUUCGGAACUUUCAAAAUGUAUAUCCCCCUCAGUCAUGUUACCUGAAAGUCGACUGGCUGUAUUACUGGACCAAGUAAAACGAAAUCAAAUAUCGAACUGUCUAUAUCAUAACACAGCGGCCUCUCCAUCAUUAUACCAAGACCACGAGUGCGACGCCACGAAUUUUCCCAUGCAGCCCGUUCUUGAGCUCACUAAGCAUGCCAGUCAAGUGUGGCUAGUGAAAUUCUCGAAUGAUGGCUCACGAUUAGCAAGCUGUGGCGGAGACGGUUCUGUCAUAAUAUAUGAUGUAGGGUCAUUCGAAGUCCAGCGUGUUCUCUCGGAUCAUGAAGACGGGGUGGCAUCUUUUGCAUGGAGUCCAGAUGAUUCAAUGAUGGUUACAUGCUCACAAGACAGGAAGGCUCGCUUAUGGGAUGUUAAUACUGGGACGAUCAAAGCUGUGCUACCUCGCUUUGGGGAGCCCUCCACAAGUUGUGCCUGGGCUCCAGAUGGGCAGACAUUUGUGGUUGGGUGCCUUGCAAAUGAGCGUAAUUUAUGCCAAUACGAUCUCAACGGAGAAGAAGUCUACGACUGGGGGCGAAACCAUCGAAUACAAGAUAUUGCUAUCACCCCAAAUGGACGCUGGCUAGUUGCCAUGGAUCAUGACACACAUAUUUAUGGCUAUAAUUUUAUAACGCGAGAGCCGGUGUUUGAGAUGAAGAUGAAAUCUCGAUUAAGAUCAGUAUGCGUAAGUCAGGAUUCGCGGUCUUUAUUAGUCAACAUGAAGGAUGGCGAAGCUCAGAUCUUGGAUCUGGAGAGACAGACAGAGGGGCCUAUCCAGGUAUUCAAAGCUGGGAAUCAAGGUGGGGAAGAUGUUAUCAGGGCCACAUAUGGUGGCGCUAAUGAGAGCUUUGUGGCCACAGGGAGUGCUGAUGGCAAAGUGUACAUCUGGCACCGAGAGAAUGGCCAACUUAUUAAAGAGCUGGAUGGCCAUCCUGGGGGUUGCUGCAGUGCUGUAUCCUGGAACCCAACAAAUCCACGCAUGUUCGCCUCAUGCGGCGACGACGAGAAAGUCCGAAUGUACGUCACACCCUGCCCCUACACCAAUUCCCAAAAUUUUACUAACAAGCUUCCCAGAUGGUCUAAUGAAGGCACCGCCCUCCAAAUACCCAAAGUUCCACCACCAGAACCUAACGGCUGGUAG